AAACAGCGUCCAGAGGAACCCAGAGAUGAUCAGACAACUCAUUCUUACAGGACUACUAGUCCUGCUUUGGCACAGGAUGGAUGUACAAGCGCAUACAUUGAGCAGACACAGUUCUGCCAGCAACAUGGCCAAGCUGAAGAGCUUACUGCAGCAGUUUGAGGAGGCCCUGGCCACAGAAGACAGAGCCGUAGAUUAUGAAGACAGCAACACCAUGCUGGAGCAGAGCCCCGCUUCCACGUCCUGGGACAGAGACAGAGAGGACGAAGCAGCUCCCGCGGAGGACACCAACCUCCCAGAUGGAUUCGAGACACAGAGAAACCGCCUUAUAGAUCUUCUCAUGUCCACCCGGAGCAAAAGCCUGUCUGGCUGUUUUGGGGGAAGGCUGGAUCGCAUAGGGUCAUCCAGCACCCUCGGGUGCAACUCUAAAAAAGGUUAGCUAUGACGACUGAAUAUACAGUGACAUUCAAAUUACAAUGUAUUUUUAUGGUACGUAAGUUAUUUUACAUGUGGAUAGUCGUCCAUUAACUUUUUUCUGGGGGGAAGGGGAAUUUAAAUCUAAAGAUCUGUAACUAACACAAUUUCCCCAUAUUUCCAAUUACAUUUGCCUUCAAUCAUAUUAAUGCUUUUGUGGUGUGACAAAGAAAAAGUAAAAUUAGGCUAUUAUGUGCACUGUAAGAAAAAAAAAUGUCUGAAGAAAAAAAAGUGGCAAAAUACUGGUAAUUUUCUUUUAGGACAUUUUACGUUAAUUUUCCAGACAUUUCAUUUACCCAUGUAAAACGGAAAAUGACAUUACAUUGCCCAAUGUAUCUGACCUUUUUUGUAUUGCUUCAAUGUAUCUGAGCUCAUAAAAACUGCAUGAGUAGUAAUUAUGUUUAACAUGGAAAUGUAAUUUGUAGGAGUGUAAAAAUGAAAGCAAAGUGUAUGUUAAACUGAAACUGUGUGAGAUAUUUAAACAUGAACGAAUGUAAAAUGUGGAAAUGAAACCAACAAGACUGUUGCAAACACAAUUCCAAUAUUUUGCAAUCCCUUUUAUGACAUCUGCUUUAUAUUAUAUCUGGUGGUUGAUAUAUUUAUUAUGUACAAGUAGUUGAGUGCUAAUCGGAGUGUUGAAAUACAUAAUGGUAUAAUUAUGUGCAUUAUUAAUCCUUUACUCAUUCUGCAUUCAUUUAUGAGGUUUAUGAGAUUCGAAUACUCCUGCUGGUGUUUUAAUAUCCCUGCUGGCUUUAUACAAGUAGCACUUCUGUUAUUCUUUUUUGUGUGUCACAUUUCUACAGCUGAAACUGUACUUGGAAAUAAAAUAUAAAACACACGUCGUUUCUGUUUCAAGAACGGGAUGUUUAGAUCCCAGGUUGUAAGGUUUUUGAGGUGUAGUAUUGAAUGCUAAUAAAAUCCUGGUUUAAAAGUA